UUAAAGAUUAAUCUUUUAGUCUUGGAGACUCCAGGCCAAUCCUGGAAGAUGGGCAACACUAGUUUUGGGCCCAAAUCCUGCAGUGAGCUUUGUGGGGGAAUACUUUUGCAUCUGUGUGGAUCCCCAGUGAAGUCAGUGGUGCAGAGUUCUGCUCAUGAAGAACUCCUUCUGGGAUCAGGGCCUUGAAUGUGUGUAGAUGCAUUUACUGAAAUGGUCGCAGAUGCAUUUUUCUGAACAUCCUUGAAAUCAUUUGGGGGCUUCUAUGAACCUGGCCCUGAGGUGUUCUUUGAUGGCCUCCAUGAUCUGAUGACCUGAUUCUCUUCUUACACCUGUGAAAGUCAAGAGUCACUCCACUGAUACACAACUGAUUUAAACGUCCAAUCCAGUGACCUGUGAGGAGGAUUACGAUUCAGUAUCCAGCAUGGAAACCGAGGAGGAAAGCUUAACAAUUCCCAUCAGUAAAGAUGUUUAUGAAAUCCUUACAAGACGAGAGAGCUGUCUACAUGACCUCAUUGAGAAGAAGUUUGGUUGUAUAUCUCUUCUUAAGAGUAUAAGAUGUCCUCUUGAAGUAUACAGGAAAAGCCUGAAGGAAGGAAUUGAGAUAUCUGUUUGGAUGGAUGAUCUGACAAGACAUAACGCUGAUGCUUUGGUCAAUGCAGCCAAUGAACAUCUGCAGCAUAUUGGAGGCCUUGCUCUUGCCCUGGUGAAAGCUGGUGGGCCAGAAAUUAAACAAGAGAGUAAACGUUAUAUUGAGCGCCAUGGAACACUCACUACUGGUCAAAUAGCGGUAACAGGAGGAGGCAGGCUUUCUUGUAAGAAAAUUAUCCACACAGUAGGUCCAAGAUGGUCUGUAUAUCAAAGUCAGAGAUGUUGUCAAAUACUUGAAGCAGCUAUUAUAAAUGUCCUGCAUUAUGUUAAUGCUCCAGAGAAUAAUAUAAGGUCUGUGGCUAUCCCUGCAGUGAGCUCAGGAAUUUUUGGCUUCCCACUAGAUUUAUGUGCUCACGUGAUUGUAAACACUAUAAAGAAUUUUGUGGAGCUAGCUCCAUUAUUUGGCUGGGUCAAAGAAAUCCACUUGGUGAACGUUGCUGAGCCCACAGUUGCAGCAAUGAAAAUGGCCUGUGAAAAGCUGCUGGGCAGGAGUGACAUCAACGCACUUCAGGAGACUCCACCAGCUUCAGCAAACCAGCUUCCAGAUUCGAUCAGAAUCAAUGGUCUCCACCUACAUAUCAUAAGAGGACAAAUUGAAGAUCAGAAAACUGCAAUUAUUGUUAAUUCUGUGGUCAUAAAUGAUGAUCUGUCAAAAGGAAACAUUUCAAGAGCAAUUCUGCAAAAAGCAGGCUCAUCUCUUCAGCAAGAAUUUCUGUUUGAGUUACAAAAACUUCCUCCAUCUUGUGAGAAAUUCAUAUUGACAAAAGGAUACAAUCUGGCCUGCAAGUCUGUGCUCCAUGUAGUAUGGUCAUCACAAAACAGCAGUGAUUCACGCAAGGUACUAAAAACUGCAAUGUCAAGAUGUUUGCUUAAGAUUCAGGAGUAUCCAUUUCCUUCAAUUUCCUUCCCAGUAAUUGGAUCUGGAGUAUUACAUUUGCCAAAGGAUGAAGUGGCAGAUAUUAUGAUUGACGAAGUUUUAAGCUUUGCAAAGGAACAUCCUGGAAGGAAGUUAGAUGUGUAUUUUGUGAUCCAUCCAAAUAACAGUUUUGUCUACAAGGCUUUCCAAACCAAGUUUGAUUCAGCUAAAAGCAAACUGGGAGAAGAUGUGAAAUGCAACAAAAGUGACGAUUUGGGGUCACACUCUGACAGACAAAUGGAGACAGAGAAUAAAAAAACUGGACCAGCCAUUGAACUUACUGGAAACCGCUGUGAAGCACUGGAAGCAGCAAAAAUAUGGAUCAAAAACAUAAUGCAAGUCCAGGAAAGUCACCUUAUCGUUAUAGAAAACAAUCACAUUUUUAACCUUAGCAAAAAAGAUCAUGCAGAACUGUCUCGUCUGCAGCGUUUCGGUGUAUCCAUAUCGGAAGAAGUGGUUGGUGGAAAGGCAAGAUUAGAGAUUCAAGGUCCUCCUGGUGCUGUAAUUGAUGCGGUGUUCAUGAUUGAAAAUCUACUGUGUGAUGUGCAAGAGAAUAAUAGAGCCAAACAAGAGGAACUGCUGCUGUCAGAGGGCCAACUGGAAACUGAUUAUCCUCCAGAAAGACUCCGAGACAAGACAAGGGGUACUAAAAUGCGUUACCAGAUCUCUCCAGUAGAAUCAUACUGCCAGGAAUUCAAGGACCGAGAAAAACUAUUUGAAAAAGCUGGGCUUCGUGUUCUCAAGAUAGAAAAAAUACAUAAUCCUGUUUUAUCAGCUGCCUUCCAACGGAUUAAAAAAUGCGUAGAAGGAAAAACUGUUGGCAAGCAGAUAUGCCAUAGAUUGUACCAGCGUGUUCCCGCUCAGUUCUGUAGCUUGGUAUGCAGAGCUGGAUUUCAGAGAACAUACUCCCCUCCACUAGAACAAAAAUAUGGAGCUGGCAUCUACUUUAUCAAGAACCCCAGAAACCUAGUGGAGGAUACCAAGGAAAAGUGUGAAUUGGACCAUCUAAUUUGUGUGUUUGAGGCUGAGGUAGUAACAGGCUUAUACACUGAGGGCAAACAGUCUUAUAUUGUGCCACCAGCAGUUGAUGCAGAUGGGAUGAAUGUAUAUGACAGUGUAGUAGAUGAUGUUCACAGGCCUGAAACCUUUGUCAUUUUUAACAGUAAUCAGGCCGUUCCUCACUAUAUAUUGACAUGUUCCCAGAUUUGGGCUGAGGGGUCAGGGCCUUACUGGGCAACCAGGGGCCCAGUAGAUGGGAGUUCAUCAGAACCAUGGGACUUAGGUAUUCCCCAGGACCGUGGGCACAGAGCCUCCCCCAUAACAAAGAGUACAGAGAGCUUCCUGCUAAAACCCAAAUAGUAGCAUAUCUGACUCUAGUACAGUAGUGCGGUGAUGGUGCCUCACCUAACAAUCUUGACACAUCCAUGUCGGUAUAUACAAGAGCUUAACCAGUAUGAUAACCUAAGAAAGUUAAAAUAUAUAAUUUUGUAUCGGAAGAGGUAUUAGAUACAGAAUUCAGUUCACCAUUCCUGUGGUGGUUACAAUAUACAGCUUCAAAAAUAUGCAGAAAUUUUAUUUUUCUAUAAAUAGCCACAGUAUGCACACUAUGCAUUUUAUUUUACUAAGGCACCAGAGAUGAGUAAAUAUAUAUUUAGUCACAGAAAUGUCUGUUUUAUAAAAACCUGAAACUAUUUUAUAAACUUAAAAAUCACACAUUAGCAAAAACCAUCUAGUCCAAAGUAAUCCAUUGAGAUUAAAACACGUAUUUAGACUGUUCAUUUAUUUUAUUUUUAAUUCUGCUUUCACUUAUUUAGCUAACCAUCUACCAUGUGUUUCAACAACAGCUGUGUCAUUAUCUUUGGAAGUGUUAUUUUAUAAAUAAGUUUACAUGCUUAUAAAAAGUAAAUUUAUUUGCAGUGUUAGUAGCGAUAAUUGUGUUGCUAUAAUCAUUUUUAUUAGCUGUACAAGGUGCCAACCGCUACAGGUGACAUGUUUGAGAAAUAAAAAAAUUGCAUGACCAAAAAUAAA